AUGGCUCGCACAUUGAACAAAGUCCAAAAACAAAUCUCCAAGAAGAGAGGGGGGAAGCUAAACAGUCUCCAUGGAAACAGUCGAGAUGCCCGACGACUGCGGGCAGCUGGAGCGAGAGAAGAAAAAGUGACUCGUAUGAUGGAUGCCGCCGCCAGAGCAAAUCAAGUCUACGUUGACAGAGUUGCAUGGUUCAAAGCAGCCCUCGAAGGUUCGGCCGGCCCGUUGACUGACGAAGAAAUGCAUAUCCUAACGCAGAGUUUUAUUGAUCGUGAGGACGAACAGUUGACUGAAGCCAAAGUGCAACGAAGACCCGGCAGACCCCCCACCAAAGCCGAGGAGCAAAUCACGCAGCGGAAAGACAGUGAAGAGCGCGAAUUUCGCUCUGGAUUCUGGAUCCCCGAACUUCGAACUGAAGAGAGUCGAUCCAAGGUCGAAAGAUGGGGAGGCGAAUGGGGCGGGCUGAACACGUUGAACUUUGUGCGUGUUGUGAAGUCAGGCACCAUCAGACCUUCCAGUUUUCCGCCCAAAGGACUCUCAUAG